UAACAAAAAGUCAAACAGAAAACGUUUAUUUUGAAGUCCGUAAACAGGAAGUGGUGUCACAUUCACCCGUCGCGCACAAGCUCUCCUCACGGCUGCAGACAUGGAGUGUUGUGUCUCCACCGCGGUGUGUUACUUGGUUUCGUGUUAUCUGCUUCUCCGACUGUUGUGUUUAAUAUUCGGGGACGCGGACUUCCCUCUGCUGUGGGCGCGCGUGUUCGGGUCCAGACCCGAGUCUGUGUUACGAGGUCAGGUCGUUUGGAUCACUGGUGCCUCAAGCGGGAUCGGAGAGGAACUGGCGUACCAGCUGGCCAAGUGCGGCAGUCGACUCGUCCUGUCUGCUCGGCGCCAGAGCGAGCUGACCCGUGUCAAGCAAGCGUGUUUAGAGAGGUCAGACCUCCAGGAUGAAGAUGUUCUGGUUCUCCCUCUGGACCUGCUGGACAGGCCUUCACACGAGAACAAAACUAGCACCGUUCUGCAACACUUCGGUCGAAUCGACAUGCUGAUCAACAACGGCGGGCGCACGCAGCGUUCUCUGUUCCUUGAAACCAACCUGGACGUGAUGGAGGCUCUGAUGGAGCUCAACUUCCUCGGGACACUUUCCCUCACCAAGCAGGUUCUGCCUCACAUGACUCGGCGUGGAACGGGAACCCUUGUCACUGUCAGUAGCGUCGUCGGGCUGAUGGGGGUGCCGCUGUCCUCGGGAUACUCAGCCAGCAAGCAUGCACUCCAGGGGUUCUUUGACUCUCUUCGGUUAGAGCUUCUCUCCUAUCCCAAUAUCCUGGUCAGCACUGUGUCUCCUGGACCCGUCCAGUCGCAGAUCGUCCAGAACGCAUUCAGGGAGCAAAUGGACAAGUCACCAUCCAACGUAGCCAGCCAGGAGCACAAGAUGGCGACGAGCCGCUGUGUGAGUUUAAUGCUGGCGGGAAUCGCCAACGGCCUGAAGGACAUGUGGAUUGCCCAGCAGCCGUUCCUCGCCAUGUACUACAUCUCAUGCUACGCUCCUUCACUCGCCGCCGUCAUCAUGAAUCGACUCAGUCGGCAACGCAUUGAGAACUUCAAGGCUGGUCUGGAUGCUGACUCGACGUACUUCAGCAAACCCAAGACCUCUUGAACCUUCCACAAUCGCAUAUUCCGGAUCGUUCUUAAUUGGAAAUGACAUAUGAAUCAUGUCAAACUUGUGUCACUCCUUCCUGCGGCAUUUUACUCUUUAUUAAAAUAUUUACAGACACAAAUACAAAAUAUACAAGAAACUUUGGACAGGUGUUUGAAGUUGUAAACAAAGAUCCACUUUUACAAAAAGACAUACAAAAGGCACCACUGCGAUAUUUCAACAUAUGUCUGUCACUUUCUGAAAAUAUUUGUGGGAAAAUGUCCGAAAACCACAAACCUUCCUCGACUUGACUGACUCCGCCCAUAAAUGAUGGUCAAUUUUGAGACUAGGAUGAUAAUGUGAACGGAGUCACCGUUGCUAACCAAAUAUGUGUCUGGACUCCAGAGUGGCCAGUUUCAGAAAUAUUGACGCUGUUCUAGAGACUCAUGUUACAUGAGGGAACAAACUGAAAUUGUUCCAGAGUACUGAACCUCCGGUGAGCAACGAUACGAUGUUUACAAGCAGGGGAAGUGCAGGGGUGUGGUGGAGUAGAUGGGGUACCCGAGAGGAGGAUCCGCUGCCUGGACCGUGAGGUUCCUCAGCAUGAAGGGAUGGGCCUGGAUGCUGUAGCGCUCCUCGUCGUCAUUGGUCGCGUACAGUAGCUCCCAGGACAAGUUAGCCCACUGGCCGCGGACCCCCUCUCCGUUCAGACGGCCCACCUGAACCAGCUGCUCUUGUAGGGACAGGACGCGCCCAGUGUGGGUCCCCUAAAGACAUACACACAUCACGAUCCGUUGGUACGACCCAGGAUGGUGCCUCUUUGCGGUGAGAAUGAGGUUCAUUCAAGUUACCAUGGCAAGGUCUUGACCCAGCGAGAAGAGGAAGGGUUUCUCUUGCAGGAUGCCAUCUCGCCAGCCCUUCUCCGUCACCUGACCGAUGAACCAGUCCCUCUCGUAUUCCUCCAGGGCUGUGAACAGCUCCUCCAGGGACUCCAUGGGUCCCAGACUGGCCUGGUCAAUCAGCAGCUUGAAGCUAAACCUGGAGCAAACGUCAUUGGUAACUGACCGGAAAUAAAUCAAACAGUGAUGUGUGUUUCUACCUGAACGCCCGCAGAGUGAGCUGGUGCAGAUCUUUACUGGACAUGAGCCAGUCCAGUCCUUCGGUCCAGGGCACGUCGCCACAGUAGAGUCUGUAGACGUAGCUGGGGCUGGUGAACGACGACUCCGCGCCCAGAGACACGAGACACGACAGGGCGACUUGAGCGUGCAGGUCUCUCAGGGUCUCGUCCUCCUUCAGGGCUUUAGUCAUGUCCUCGCAGGAGCCCAUCUGCACCACAGGCCCAAACUGCCCGAGGCUGAACCUGAACCACUCCUCCGGGAACAAAGUCCUCAGCUGCAGCAUGCGGGACGGCAGCAGAGGGGCUGACCGCCAUGAUGUGGGCAGGUUGAAGAGCUCAGACUGGGGACAGCUGAACUGGAGGUGGGGCAAUGACCCUGUUCGUUCGUGUAACACAGCGGUAUCAUGGCCUUUAUCCACUGCUGGCAUCCCGAGGCCCAGACCUAAAGGUUGAAGGGGUUGCAGGGCUGAGAGGGCCAUGUUCUCAUAGAGACUGUCGAUCUCCACCGAACCAGGCAGCGAGGCACCCAUCUGAAGGCCAGUGUGACCUGCCUCGGCACUCACCAGUGCAACAGUCCGCCGGGCUGGUUGUGGCCCGAACAAGUCAUCCUCAUCAGACCAGUCUCCAAAGGAGGUCAGGCUGGAGCUGUCUUGCUUAAACCUGAGAGAGGACACAUUAGAUUCCACGACCACCGCCUCAGGUGGAGGGUUGCUGGUGGUCUGGGCCAGCUGGGAGGACUGGGACUUCCUUCCUCCGAUGGUUGUCCCAUCUUCACUAAACCACAUCAGUCCUUUCUGCUUCUGGACGCUGUACCGUAGAAGCAGCCACACCAGAACCUUCAGGAAGUCAUCCUGAAGUUUCCUCAGAUUGUCGUGAGAGUCAAUAAUGCCGGAAAGGACAUUCCUGGCAUCGGAGUAAACCAACACGGGUAGCGCCGUGCAGGGAGUGAGAGCGUUCGCCCAGUGCAGGUUGAAGCCCUGAGUGAAGCCCAGUUGCUCCGGACGCUCGAACGCUGCUUCGAAAACCUCAUCCACCCUGCGAGCCUCCACCGUGUGGCAUGACGUCUCCUGGAGCUCCAGACCCUGAAACCAAACACAUCAGUGAGGCCGGCACAGAAGAUUUGGGUCAGAAAUGAUGAAGCAGUUUCAGGCUUAAGGCUUCAGUUUAGUUUAGUUGAGUCCAGACCCACCCUGACUUUACCUCAGGUGCAGGCUGGAGCAGUAGAAUGCAGAACCGUUUGGACCCAUUAGACCUGAAUGGCCAACAAGAACCUUCUUCAUUAAAAGUUUGGUCCCCUUACCAUGGUGAAUACGAGUAAUCAAGAGGUGAACAAUGGCGACCAAAAUGGCGACCCAAGUCCAAAAAAAGACAUGCAAAAAGUGCUACCCUCAAGUGACGUGGGAGGUGGUUAUAAUGUAAAGGUCUUGUGGUUGUAUAACAGCAGUAAUCUGUCCAACGUCUAACCGACCGCAGGAUUUACUUGUCAAUGAAUAAUCCACCUCACUGAGUGAAAUGGAACGUGACAGCGUGCAGCAGGACAUGAGUCGGAAAAUGGAGCCCUCCUCUAAUGAGUAAACAGUGUAUUUACUUGAAGAACGUCAACAACAGCUCCAGCAGCGCUACCUUGAUGUUGACGGUGCAGUAGCCAUAUCCCCUCUCCAGGAUCAUUAUCCAAACCAUGCGGUCCUGAAAGCGGCCCAGGAAGUGUGUGCCCGGGGACAGGGAACCUACAAGACAGGGAGACGCCGUCAUCCGUCCAUACUGCAUGUCAGAGGGGAGCAGCUCAUGAUGUAUGUAGCAUGUAAGCGACCCGCGGCGGUGAUCUGCUCCGGGAUCAGCUGGCACUCCCUGCUGACUGGAGGAGACGUGAACCACCACAGUCCGACAGGGAGGUCGUGGUUCUGUUAUGAGUCGGAUGACUGCACUUCUACAAAUACAGCUUAUGAAUAAAUGAGAGGCUUCAAGAACAAGUUGGUUUGUUAUCGUCCAGAAGUCAACACCUGCCUCCUCCAUCAUGUUUCCACCCCAUCUCUUCCUGGGAAGUGUAGCGUCACAGAUUAACAUGGUAUGUUUGUGUUUUGCCAUUUUUUAUAUAAGGCAGGCUGCCUCAUGGCUCAGCUCUUUCUUUACCACAACAGACUGAUCAACAGACUCUUCAUCCUUCUUCAGAGACCCAAAGACACUUGAAGUCUAUCACCAGGGGAAGGACAUCCUACCCAUUUUUUUGAUUUGACAUUUGAGUUCAUUGACACAGUUGCUUUACUCCAAUACAUUUAAUCAUCCGUCAUUGCAGCAAUUUUUAUAGGUAUUAAUCUAAGGAUCAGUUUUAUUUCUUAAUAGCUAAUUCAAAUAGUACAGUAGUUUAUGGUUAAACUGUGUAUUUUUAUGUGAUUUUGCUGUGCACUUCUUGACAUAUUUUAAGCCUUAUGUUUUCUAAAUUCUAUUUUUGAACCCCUUUAAAAUAAUAAAUGUAUU